AUGUCAAACCAUUCCAACGUUCCAUCUUCUGAGGAAUUGCGAGAGUACUAUGAGAGUCUGCCUGCUCAUUGGUCCGGAGCAGAUCCGUCCCAAUUCGUCGGAGUCAACCACCCUUACUGCACAGAGCCUCUAGUUCCACCCUGUGUCCUGACCCCAAUCAGUCUGCCGGAUAGCAGUUUCCGCCCAAGUCCAGCACUCAGUCACCCAGAAGACUACCAAGACUAUCAAUACAGCAUCAAUGACUCCAUCCCCGGCUCCCAAGGGUUGGGAAUCUCAGCACCAUUCCCAAAUGAAUUCCCUCGGGCUUCAGCCCCGACAUCAAACUAUCUCUUUGCUCCAGUACCAGGCGACGCCCAUCAUGGGAUGACCCAAACACCUAACCAGUCCCCCCAGGGCCCACCCUCACACAAGCGCGCCAAACGCCAAUCUUCUGGGUCAUCUUCGCGCGAGCCACAUGCUCAUACGCCAGUCAACAUUCUCCCGGAUCCCGAGGGCGUUAUUAAAAUGGAGAAAGAUCGACAGAACCCCCAGCCAAUCAACAUGCCCCCUAAGCCACGAGCUCCUGGGCGUGGGCGUCGGGACCCUCAAGCAGAAGAGGAAGAUGCAUUCGUUGAAAAUUUGCGAAACGACAACGUGGCUUGGAAAAAAGUCCGCGAAGAAUUUCAACAACGAUUUCAAAAAGAUGCCUCCGAGGCUCGCUUGCAGAUGCGCCUUCUUCGCCGACAGAGAGAGCGUUUGACGCGCUGGGACUCUUCAGAUGUCCAAAUCUUAAUUAAGGCCCAUGAUCUGUGGGAAAAGGAGAAGUAUCACUUUCUAUCAAACAAGAUUAAGGAACUUGGUGCUACCAGAUCAUACUCGCCUGACCAGUGCAGGACACAAAUUCGGCUUUUGGAGACAAAACAACACCAUAGGGAUCGAAUUAGUGCUUCACCAUCUGCCCUGUCUGAUCCUGUUCCCAUGACGCCUCAUUUGUCUCGAAAAAGGCAACGGGCACAGUCUUUUGAAUCGGAGUUCGAUAUCGAGGGAUCUUUCUUCUAA